CAUGGCAAGCAUGGAACACGUUCCAACUUAUUAGAAAUACAAAGCCUUUGGAAGAUCUUUUGAAGAUAUCGAGUUGUCUCUCCUUUUAGGAAGUGCAAUGGCUCCCGCCAGAAGAAAAGAGCUGGAUCUGAGGGAACUGUGCUGAAUGCAGCUCAUUCAUGGAGUAAAGUGAGUCGUUUGGGGAUCAUGAGUACAGGAAUGAAGAAACCACCAGUUGCCCCCAAACCCAAGCUGGUUCAGUCGCAGAAACCAUCACCUCCCCCCAUCGCCCCAAAACCAGAGAUCCUGCUGCCUUCACCCUCACCCACUGCGCACAAGAGAGGAAAACCUGCUGUCGCCCCCAAACCAUGUUUGCCCAAAGCCCCUCAGAAACCUCUCCAGCCAAGACAAGAUCCCUGCAAAACCCAACUUCCCCCUGUCUCCAAAAAUGGGGGUCCUGCUCUACUAUCCUCACACCUGUCACAUUACAUUAUACCACCCAGUACUCAAGGUCAUCAACUAGGUAACAGAAAAUCAGAGGAUUCUAAGGAAGUAUGUGGAACAGCAGAGGUAAGUGUUUUCAAAGAGGGGGACAGCCCAAAAGAACAGUUGUUUUACAAUGACACAUUGGAACAUGCUUCCCGAUCUGAACGGGAACAAAUGCAUGCUCCCACGGACUCAUCCCACACUUCCACAGAGGCACAGGAAGAACAAAACUCUGCCAUACUAGAAAAAGACCAGGCAGGUACACAAAAACAAACUUCUGUGCAGAUCCCAAGACACAGUCCUACGGAAAGUCUGCAGGAAUGGUCUGCAGAGCAGAAACACACCGGGAACUCCAUUUUUAGCUCUUGCACCAGUGACGAUGGUGUUCCUGCACCACCCAGCAAGCCACUUCCCGUACCCCAUCCACGACGCCCUCGGAGGGCACUUCUUAGGCAGAACGUUGUGGAAACUGCACCUUUGGACACUCAAGCAGAUACACCUACAGAGACUCCUGAACACGUUCAGACAGACACAUUACUAGAAAAUCCCAAAAACACUUCAAAAAGCUGUCACACCUACACGGACACACCUCUAAAUUUAUGUUCCCCUAAAGAUAACACGGAAAACACAGACACUGACUCCUCAACCAACACUGAUUCUUUGCACAAUGUAGACUCUUUUCACAGUGCACAUACUGAAGACGUGCCUCCUGAUCUAGACUCCACCCAUUAUUCAGUUCCGAAAAAUGGUGUAACUUUAGCUUCCAUGAACACAGCUGCGGAGGAGGGGUCGCAACCUCCAGCUCCGCCACCUCGACAGAAAUCCCUCCCACAAAUGGUUGAUUCGUCAUGCAAGGCCUCAACAUUAGUGGACAACUUGCUUUUGCAUUGCCACUCAGAUCUUCAGGAGGUUGAGUGUAAAGAUGAGGAGGUGCAAAGCGAUGAUGAAGAUGACGGAGCAUAUGGAGAUUUUGCUCGAUACCCAAUAACUCGGAGUCUUCCUAAACAGAUUAAGCUCAGCUGUGGCUCACAAGUGGCAGCUAUAACCAAGCCGUCUCUGGACGGGGAGGAAAAGUCACCGAAAGUCAUGCCUAAAAAGCCCCAACGAAACAGUCUUCCCGCAUCCGUCGUGUUGCGGAAGCAAAACACACCUCCGCUAACGCACACUCCUCCUCCUCUUCCUAACUCCAGUCCUCCCAUAUUCAGAGAACUUCCAGCACCUCCUCAGGAGAAACCUUCAUGGCGAGUCGCUCUUCCUAACAUCUCUCUCUUCAGUAGGAACCAGCCGACUCGCAGUAACAGCCAACCACAGGCUGGAGGUGUGGGACCUCUUUUCGUCAAACAGAGGGCGAAGUCGUUUUCCUCUGCAGAUCUUCAGAGAGUGGACACCGGAUCCGUAUCUUCCGAGCAGUUGGUGCGCUCCGAUCAAACACGCCGUAGCUUGCGGAAACUUCUAGAGCUGCGUGUGUGUGCACGGUUGCUUCCGAAGUUGCUUCGGAGUGGACAGUCCCUAGAUUGCACUCGUACUGAUGCUGAAUACGAGGAGCAUAAAGCCACGCCCACUAAUCAGGUCGCACCUUGCGAUGAUGAUGAAGAAGCUCAAGCUGACAGUGAGGCUGACUGCGGAGUGGAAUACGAGAACGUCCCAUUAUACGAGGAGAUUCCGGAGUACAUGAACCUGCCCUGGGUUUAUUCAAACCAGGAUGUGGACACAGGCGUGUAUGAAGUUCAGGAACCAUGUGAGGUGAACAGAUGUUCUGUGAGUGGUGAUCUGUCAGAGGAUGGAUUGAGCUCUGAAGAAGAUGGCAACAGUUCUGACUCCAGCAAAGAAGAUAUGAGCCAUUCAAAAGACAAAGAGGAGGUAGGGAGGGCAAAGAGGAACAAGGUGGUCCACAUCGCAAUGGAGAUCAUGAGCUCAGAGAAAGUGUUUGUGGACGUUCUGAAGUUACUUCACAUCGAUUUCCGAGAUGCAGUUGCCAAAGCGACUCGUGCGAGCGGGAAGCCGUCGGUCGAGGAGAAAGUGUUGAAUCAGAUCUUAUACUAUCUGCCCCAACUCUACGAACUCAAUAAAGACCUGCUGAAAGAGCUGGAGGAGAGAGUGGCCCACUGGUCUGAUCAUCAGAGAUUGGCUGAUAUCUUUGUUCAGAAAGGUCCGUAUCUGAAGAUGUACUCUACCUACAUACGAGAGUUUGACCAUAAUGUGGCUCUGCUGGAUGAACAAUGUCGCAAAAAUCCUCCUUUUGCUAACGUUGUGCGUCAGUUUGAGAUGAGUCCUCGCUGUGCUAGUCUUGCUUUGAAGCAUUACCUGCUGAAACCGGUGCAGCGGAUACCUCAGUACCAGCUCCUGCUCACAGAUUAUUUGAAGAACCUUCCUGAGGAUUCAUCUGACUAUAAAGACACACAAACUGCUCUCAGUGUGGUGAAAGAAGUGGCAAACCACGCGAACGACAUCAUGAAGCAAGGGGAUAACUUUCAGAAGCUGAUGCAGGUUCAAUACAGUCUGAACGGUCACCAUGAAAUCGUCCAGCCUGGCAGGGUUUUCUUAAAGGAGGGCACUCUGAUGAAACUCUCCAGGAAAGUUAUGCAGCCCAGAAUGUUCUUCCUGUUUAAUGAUAUUCUGCUAUACACAACACCCGUUCAGUCUGGCCAGUAUAAAGUCAACAGCAUGCUCUCUCUGGCUGGCAUGAAGGUGAGCAAACCAAGUCAGGAGGCCUAUCAGAAUGAGUUAAACAUUGAGAGUGUGGAACGCUCCUUCAUACUGUCUGCCAAUUCAGCCACAGAAAGAGACGAAUGGCUGGAAGCCAUCGCUAAAGCAAUAGAUGACUACACCAGAAAGAAGAUUUCUUUCUUUUCCAGUCGAAGCCAAGAGUUGGAGGGAAUCUCUGAUGAUGGUCUACCGCUGGGCUCUAAAGCUCCUAUCUGGAUUCCAGAUUUGAGAACGACCAUGUGUAUGAUCUGCACGUGUGAGUUCACGCUCACCUGGAGACGCCACCACUGCCGUGCCUGCGGGAAGGUGGUGUGUCAGGCAUGUUCGUCCAAUAAAUACUACCUGGAAUACCUAAAGAAUCAGCUGGCACGAGUGUGUGACCACUGCUAUAUCAAACUACAGCACAAGGGUGACCAAUCCAAUGUGACCGUUUCCCCAAGUGGGCGGAGUUCAACAUUUGCUUUUUCUAGAAAACAGAAGAAGAUUCCUUCUGCCCUCAAAGAGGUGUCUGCCAACACUGAAAAUUCCUCCAUGAGUGGAUAUCUGCAAAGAUCCAAAGGCCACAAGAAACCAUGGAAGAGGCUGUGGUUCGUCAUUAAGAACAAAGUCCUCUACACUUACGCCGCUAGUGAAGAUGUUGCGGCAUUGGAGAGUCAGCCGCUGCUGGGCUUUUUCCUCCGAGAGGAGAAGACGGGACCGGCUCAGAAAAUGCAGUUUAAACUGUAUCAUAAAAACACACUCCACUACAUCUUCAGAGCAGAGGACAUCCCCACUGCUCAGAGAUGGAUUGAAGCGUUUCAAGAGGCCAUGAUCCUUUGACUGGUCUGGAUUGGAUUAAAUAGAAUGAAUGAAUGUCGCUCCUUUGGGUUUCUGAACUGUUUACACAGGCAGUGAGUUUAAAGAUGCAUAAAUCAAAACCCAGUUUGAAGCAAAGGAUGCUGGUAGAUGUAGUUUAUGCAUUAAUCUAUUUUAAGCAGCCUAAUGAAGGUAAAUUGAUUCAGUCUGCCUCCAUUGUGAGGCAUUAAUCCAUCGUUUUGUUCUUAAUGUCAUUUUUAGGAAACACUGCCUCUCUGUGCCAGCUCCUUUUGGUGCUUAACAUUACCAUGAAUCCUGCCCACAAAGCAUUCAGGGUCAAAAACGUCAGGCAAUGACUGGUCAUGAGCUCUAGAUAUAGACGUUUUCAUUGACUCCUGACCAAUAGGUUUGCUUGUGAAUCUUAUUUAAAUAUGAAUUAAUCCUGCCCACUUUUCUGAAACACUCCAUUAUGAUGUAAUAGGGGCGGUUUGAAUCUAAUUGCAGUUUCACUUGUUGCCUGAAGAGGGUUUAAAAAGAUUUGGUCAAGUCUGAAUGUGCAUGAGCAAGUAUGACAAAGGAAUGUCUGAUGCCAGGUCGCACCUUUGGCACGGUCAUGUGGCGCAGUCCGUGCAGUCUGGCAUGGUGCAUUAUGGGAGAUUUUGGAUUCAACUGUGAAAGCUGGGAAAAGAGGGCUUAAAAAUGACUGGGCCUUAAUCGUGAAGCACAGAGCGACUUUAUGUAAAAAUUGUACAUAAAACCAUAGUUUUGGAGAUUGAUGGUGAAAGUUUGUUAUGAAUGAUUGAUGCAUUGAACGAGACCAUUUACGCAAAAAUUUUUUGGUUUUUUUUCGAAAAUUUUACAGUGAUUGCAACAGUUUACCCAAACCCAUGGUUUUACGAACAGUUCAUGCGUUACCUGCAAUGAUUUACGUAAAAACGAUUUUACAAAUGAUUGUAAAAAUGAUUACGUUUUUUUUUUUACGAAAAUUUUACACAGUGAUUGCAACAGUUUACCCAAACCCAUGGUUUUACGAACAGUUCAUGCGUUACCUGCAAUGAUUUAUGUAAAAACGAUUUUACAAAUGAUUGUAAAAAUUGUUACUUUUUUUUUUUACGAACAUUUUACACAGUGAUUGCAACAGUUUACCCAAACCCAUGGUUUUACGAACAGUUCAUGCGUUACCUGCAAUGAUUUACGUAAAAACGAUUUUACAAAUGAUUGUAAAAAUUAUUACGUUUUUUUUUUUACGAAAAUUUUACAGUGAUUGCAACAGUUUACCCAAACCCAUGGUUUUACGAACAGUUCAUGCAUUACCUGCAAUGAUUUACGUAAAAAUUAUUUUACAAAUGAUUGUAAAAAUGAUUACGUUUUUUUUUUUUACGAAAAUUUUACAGUGAUUGCAACAGUUUACCCAAACCCAUGGUUUUACGAACAGUUCAUGCAUUACCUGCAAUGAUUUACGUAAAAAUUAUUUUACAAAUGAUUGU